AUGCUUCUGUCUCCAUGCCCAUGCCCCUGUGCCCGUGUCCGCAUCACAAACCCGCACCGCUAUGCCCAUUCCCGUGGCUGCGUGCCCAUGCCUGUGUCCGUGCCUGCCUCGCCGCCCCCGGCCCAGUGCCAUGGCCGCGUCUCCGUGCCCACAGCAGCGUCGCUGUCCCGGUUCCCGUACCCCCGUGCCCAUGGCCGCAUCCCCGUCCCUGUACCCGUAUGCCCGCGCCCACCUCGCCGCCCUCCUUCCCGUUCCCGUGGCAGCCUCACCAGCCCCAUUUCCGUGUCCCCGUUCAUAGCCACAUCCCCAUCCCCGCGCCCGCGCCCGCCUCACCGGCCCUGGCGGCGUGCUCCCGUGCCCGCUGCCGCCUCCCGGUCCCCGUGCCCCCGUACCCGCAGUCGCCUCCCCGUGCCGCGCCGGUACCUCCCUGCUCGUGCUGUGCCGUGCUGCGCCGGUACCUCCCUGCUCGUGCCGUGCCGUGCCGUGCCGCGCCGCGCCGGUACCUCCCUGCUCGUGCCGUGCCGUGCCGUGCCGCGCCGCGCCGGUACCUCCCUGCUCGUGCCGUGCCGGUACCUCCCUGCUCGUGCCGUGCCGUGCCGUGCCGUGCCGUGCCGUGCCGCGCCGUGCCGGUACCUCCCUGCUCGUGCCGUGCCGCGCCGGUACCUCCGCGCGCCCAUGCCGGGCGGGGCCGGGCGAAGGGCGCCAGUGUGGUUGUUCCUCCGCGCCGCCAGGGGCCGCUGCCGCUGCCGCAAGCCCCGCCCACCGCCGCCUUUUAACAGCCGCGGCGCCCCCAGCCACUUUCCGCCGCGCGCCGCUGACGCCGUCACACCGCGACGCGCUGACGCGCACCCGCCGCCGAGCCGUCCCCGCCGCCGAGCCGUCCCCGCCGCCGAGCCGUCCCCGCCGCCGAGCCGUCCCCGCCGCCGGGCCGUCCCCGCCGCCGGGCCGUCCCCGCCGCCGGGCCGUCCCCGCCGCCGGGCCGUCCCCGCCGCCGGGCCGUCCCCGCCGCCGGGCCGUCCCCGCCGCCGGGCCGUCCCCGCCGCCGGGCCGUCCCCGCCGCCGGGCCGUCCCCGCCGCCGGGCCGUCCCCGCCGCCGGGCCGUCCCCGCCGCCGGGCCGUCCCCGCCGCCGGGCCGUCCCCGCCGCCGGGCCGUCCCCGCCGCCGGGCCGUCCCCGCCGCCGGGCCGUCCCCGCCGCCGGGCCGUCCCCGCCGCCGGGCCGUCCCCGCCGCCGAGCCGCCGGUGAGUCCCGCUCCCGCUUCCCGACCCCCCGGGCCGCCGCCGGUGAGUCCCGCUCCCGCUUCCCGACCCCCCGGGCCGCCGCCGGUGAGUCCCGCUCCCGCUUCCCGACCCCCCGGGCCGCCGCCGGUGAGUCCCGCUCCCGCUUCCCGACCCCCCGGGCCGCCGCCGGUGAGUCCCGCUCCCGCUUCCCGACCCCCCGGGCCGCCGCCGGUGAGUCCCGCUCCCGCUUCCCGACCCCCCGGGCCGCCGCCGGUGAGUCCCGCUCCCGCUUCCCGACCCCCCGGGCCGCCGCCGGUGAGUCCCGCUCCCGCUUCCCGACCCCCCGGGCCGCCGCCGGUGAGUCCCGCUCCCGCUUCCCGACCCCCCGGGCCGCCGCCGUCCCGCUCCCGCUUCCCGACCCCCCGGGCCGCCGCCGGUGA